AUGAAAACUUCAACGUUAAUUUCCAUCUCAUUAGCAUUAAAUUGUAUCAAUGCAUUACCAUCUUUUAAAAAUUGGAAUAUUUUAAAUAAUCAACAAGUAUUGAUUAAUGAUGAAGAAACAAAUUCUUUAAAAAUUAACCAAGAAGUACCACCUUCAUAUGAAAAUUCAGAAUCAUUCAUAAUUGAAAAUUACAUAGAUGAAACAAAAUAUUUAAAAUUACCAGAAAUUAAUUCAACUGAAUUACAAAAUUUAAUUACAAAGGAAAAUUUAAAAAACAGAGCUAAUGAUCUUUAUAAAGUUGCUGAAACUUCAAUUAAAAAAUAUAAUCAUCCAACAAGAGUUAUUGGAUCACCAGGUCAUUGGGCAACAGUAAGAUAUAUAAUUUCAGAAUUAUCAAAAUUAGGUGGUUAUUAUAAUAUAAAAACUCAAAGUUUUAAUGCAACAGAUGGUCAUGUUGAAUCAUUUUCAUUAUUAAUUAAUGGAAUAAAACCAAAAAGUUUAUUAGCAUUAGCUUUAACUCCUCCAACUCCAAAUAAAUCUCCAGUAAAUGGAAAUUUAAUAUUAGUUAAUUCAAAUGGUUGUAAAAUUGAAGAUUAUCCAUCACAAGCAAAAGACAAUAUUGUAUUAAUUAAAAGAGGUGAAUGUUCAUUCGGUGAUAAAUCAAGAAUUGCUGGUAAAUUUGGUGCUUUGGGGGCAAUAAUUUAUGAUUCAAAUGGUGCAAUUCAAGGAACUUUAGGUACUCCAACAGGAGAUGAAGUUCCAACAUUAUCAGUUGAUGAAAAAGAUGUAAAAGAAUAUAUUGACAAACUAAUUCAAGAUCCAAAUUAUAAAUUUGAAACUACUUUAUAUAUUGAUUCUUAUGUUAAAAAUAUAACUACAUUAAAUGUUAUAGCAGAUACUGUGUUUGGAGAUCAUGAUAAUAUAGUUGGAUUAGGAGCUCAUUCUGAUUCAGUAGCUGCUGGUCCUGGUAUAAAUGAUGAUGGAUCAGGUACUUUAUCAUUAUUAGAAGUUGCAAAACAAUUAACAAAAUUUAAAAUAAACAAUGCUGUAAGAUUUGGAUUUUAUAGUGGUGAAGAAGCUGGAUUAUUAGGAUCAUUAUAUUAUUCUGAUCAUUUAUCAUCAAUUGAAAAUUCAAAAUUAAGAUUAUUUAUGGAUUAUGAUAUGAUGGCAUCACCAAAUUUUGAAUAUGAAAUUUAUGAUGCAAAUAAUAAAGAUCAUCCAAAUGGUUCUGGAGAUUUAAAAGAUUUAUAUGUAAAUUGGUAUAAAGAUCAUGGAUUAAAUUAUACAUUUGUACCAUUUGAUGGUAGAUCAGAUUAUGUUGGUUUUAUAAAUCAUGGUAUACCAGCUGGAGGUAUUGCAACAGGAGCAGAAGGUGUUAAAAAUGCAAAAUCAAAAGAAAAAUUUGGAGGAGAAAUUAAUAAAUGGUUUGAUCCUUGUUAUCAUCAAUUAUGUGAUGAUUUAAAUAAUGUAAAUUAUACUGCAUGGGAAUUAAAUACUCAAUUAAUUGGACAUUCUGUUGCUACAUAUGCUAAAUCAUUUGAUGGAUUCCCAAAAAGAAAAUUAGAUGAUAAAGUAAUGAUUAAUAGUAUUGAUGAUGAAAAUAAAGAAAUGUUUAUUAGAAGAGGUCAUAAUUAUAUUAUAUAA